AAAGGCGAGGACGGUGGGGAACGUAUCUCCAUCCCCGGCUCGGCUACCAUUUCUUCGUCUUUCUUGCAAUGUCGUGUCCAAGGAAAGGGCCAAAACCGCCUUGCAACCCCGGAUCGAUCUAAUACCCUCGAUGGACUAUGUGCAUUGUGCAGUGCUUUUACUUUCUGGAUAAAUACUCAUCGUGCCAUAAAGGGAGAUGCGUUGGUCGCACAGGACCACAGUUUUUCUCCUAGUCUGGAUAGCCAGCUGUUCAGCACAGGGUCGAGGGAGCAAAAAAUACUCUUCUGAACAGACCUCUGUGGAAGAACUUCCAACAAGAAGUCAUAGGUUUAGUUCUGAAAAUAAUUCACAAUUGGAUGUAAAUGUACAUUCAAGAGCUAAUGGGAGGUCAAGGGAAUUCAGACAGGACACCAGAAGUACUAACAAUGCUGAAGUCCCAGUCAGAGGUGCAUCAAGAGUAACGGAUACCCCUAAAGAACCUCAAAGAGGAACUCAAAGAGUCACAGAAAGGGAGUUUCGCUCAAGGACCCAAUCCUCAACUGAGAGCCCAAAAUUUAGUUCUGAAAAUGCUCAAAGAAGUAGAACACAAAAUGAAGGAACUCCACUGCCGUCGCAUUCGAGAAACAGUUUUCCUUCCAGGAAUAAUAGAAAUGAUGCUAGUCAAUCUAGAGCAGGGUAUUCUAGGCAACAAGAAAGGAUAACAUCAAGAAACAUUCAGACUGAUUCAACCGAUAGUGGAACGGCAAGACAAGAAACUAGGACAAGAGGCAGAAGUUUAAAUUUUGAUGUUGAUAAAGAAACUUCAAACAAUAUCCCCGAAAUCAGUUCUAAUAGCAGAAGGCGGAAUGAAUCAUCACAGUCACAGUCUAGAGGAAGAACACAUUAUGAUUCUACUAUAAAUUCUAGUAGAUCCCGUGGAAGCUUGACUCCUGCAAGAAGCAGCAGACUUAGUGCAACAAGCACAGAGCAGAAUGAAGCUUUGAAAAAUUACCAUGGUAGACAGCCAAUAAGAUCCAGAAAUUCUGAAAUAACUCAUUCUCCAAGAACGAUAAAUAAUAGGAAUUCAUCUUCAAAAGAGAGUUCUCAUGUUCAUAGUAAAGAAGCUGUAAUAGACAGCAAGGAAGAAACGAAAACUGAAAAUGUGAAACAAGAAGAGUUACAAAGCAGUAAGUCACUAACAGAAGAGUCAUCUCAAGAAGUAGACUCUGUAGAAAAAGAUGAACCCAGCCUGGCGAAGAAUUUCAGAGGGCAUGCUCGAGGCACUUCUGAAAACAGAAGAUCUAAAAUAUCAAAGUCUGAAAUAAAUAGCAGGAAUGAACCAACAGAAGCUCCUACUUCCGCUCGAUUCCGUAGUAAAGAAAUUGGAAAUGAUUUUAAAAAAGAAAAUAAAAAUGAAGUUUUUCAACAAAAAGAGUUACAGAGUGAAGUAAACAGUAAAUCACUAACAGAAGAGUCAACUGAAAAGGUUGACACUGUGGAAAAUGAACCCACGCCAGCAAAAAAUCUCAGAGGGAGCUCUCGAGGCACUUCUGAAUUCCAUAGAAGAUCCAAAACUUUAAAGUCUGAGAUAAGAAGCAGGAAUGAACCAACAGACGCUCCCACUUCUGCUCGAUUCCGUAGUAGAGAAAUUGUAAAAGAUUUUAAAGAAGAAAAUAAAAAUGAAGUCAUUCGACAAGAAGAGUUACAAAGUGGAGUAAACAGUAAAUCAUUGACAGUAGAUUCUGCAACUCAAAAUAGUGCUUCUACAGAAGAGCAUAAACCAAGGCAAUCCAAAAAUUUUAGAGGCAGUUCCAGAAGCUCAUCAGAAUACAACAGAAGAUUCAAAUCAUCAAAAUCUGAGUUAAAUAUUAAGAGUACAGAAGCAGAAGCUUCUACUUCUUCACAAAAUCAUAGUAAAGAAGUAAAAGAAAUCAAGGAAGAAAGGAAAACUGAAAUAGUUAAACAAGAAGAGUUUCAAAGUGAAACAGAUACUAAAUCUAUGUCAGUAGACUCAGCAACACAGAUGAGCAUCACUGUUGAACAACAAAAACCCAAUCUGUCAAAGAAUUAUAGAGGGAGCGCCAGAGGUCCACCACAACACAACCGAAGACUCAAAGCAUCAAAGUCUGAAACAUCCAGCCAAAGUUUGCACAGUGAAGAAAUAGCAGAUGAUGAUAAUUAUCCGGAUAUUUAUAAACAGUUGAAAAAAGCUGGCAAUGGACCUAAAGAAAUUUUGGCUUUGCUAAAAGCAAGAACUGAGGCACGGAAAAAUUCAAAAACACAACAACAAUCAAUCACACUGAAUCAAAACAUUUCCAACACGGACACAUCAAAGAACGAUUUUGUAGAGUUUCACGAAACACCAGAAUCGACAACCGAAGGAGUAGCAGGUCUAUCUUUUUCCCAAAAUCAUGGUCAAAGCACUAGAACACAAACACAACAAGAAAAUGUUCAAAGUAGGGCAACAUUACAUAAUGAAAAGAUAAGUUUGAAAAGAAAUACAACCAGAGGAUAUCAUGUUCCUAUAAACAGAGCUAGGACUGAGGAGCCGACACGUGCAGUGCCGGCUUCAAGAACCAGGACAUUUCCCAGCAGACAACAUGAUACAGAAACAGCAUAUAAAAACAAUUUAAGAAAAGAAAAUAACAACGAUUCUAAAACUGAUGUCUAUAACCACUCUAGGCGUUUCAAACCAAGGGCAGAAGUUGAAAAUCCAGAAAAAUACAAAAGAACUGAAAAACUAGUUAGUUACCAAAGGAGAAAAACUACAGAAUCUCCCACGGAAGUUCCUGUAACGUUGAGAAAUGAACAUAGGAAUAAUGUUCAUAGGUAUACUGCUAGGAAGGAAAAAUUUAAUUCAAGAACUGUUGAUUCAUUUACUGCAAGAAAUUUUAAAAUAGCACAAACAGCUAAGCCUUAUGUACAAGAGGUGUUACCAAAAAUUCCACAUUUAGAUGAUGAAGAACUUUUGGAACAAGUAGAACAAAAAAAUUCUGAACCUACCACAAUCAAGGUAGAAAAUUUGCCUGAUGUUAAGGUAAGCGAUGAAAACUUCAACUCUGUACAUGAUGAUUCUUCUCGAACUGAAAAAACUAUAAUUAAAAAUAACCGAGGGAAAAUUGGCAUUCAGGAUUAUUUUGAAGAAAGAAAUGUGAAUUUAAGAACAGAAAGCCCUUGGAGAAAUCUACCGAAAUCCACUUAUGUACCAAGAAAUAGAGACAAAGAAUUUGAAAAGUUCAAAGCGAGAACUGAACAAAGUGUGGUUACUACUACAAAAAAAAUGCCAAUUAAGCUGAGGUAUCACUUGUACGAUAGGAAUCUGGUUGUAAAUAAGAUAAAGAGUUUUACUACUGUAAUACCAGAAAUUGGAACAAGGCAUGAUGAGGAACAAAAAGAAUUUAAAAAUAAAGACAUCCAGCCCAACUCUAAAUCUUUCAUUCCACCUAAGAAAACAUACAAAAGGACAACAACGACUCCGGUCCCAUUAUCAAGAUACCGGUCAAGAAAAGAAUCGCUGAAUAAGAACCUGAAAAAUCCAGAGGUUCUACAUUUAGACAAUUCAGAAAAAUAUAGAAGAACAAUAGGAAAGGAAGAUGGUGAAUAUUAUGAUAAUGAAUUUAAUGGUUUGAGUGUGGAUUCUUUAGUAUCUGAAUCAGAGGAUUCCUUAGUUUCAACAGAGCCACAGGACUAUGUUACAAAAUCAACAACAAAUGCGCCCAAAUAUAGAGAUAGUUUCAUUCAAAAGGUGCCGCCAAAAAGGAAAGGAAAUAAUGCGACACCUAGAACUCAGACUACUUUUACUUUUCCUCCGCUUGAACUUUUUUCAAUAUUUGACGAUACAACAACUCCUUCUGUACCUACAACAGAAGAAGUCUCCAAAUCAAUGGAAACUCCGUAUAAAAUCUUAGCAACUGAAGAAUCAUUUGUAAGCACAUCUGAAAAAGGCUAUACAGCAUUAAACGACCUCACAACUUUGUCAAACCCAACCCAACCACCUACUACUAUAAACCCUACUUUUCUGGAAUCGACUACUAUUGUAGAACCACCAUUAAAAAAGAACGUCAUAACUACAAUUAAACCUACAAUAAAUAAGGACCCAGACCCAAUUACUUUGCAAAAGGUUUCAUUGAGUGACUUACUAAUUCCGACUCUGCUUCCUGUUAUAAAUUUGACUACAAAUAAAGAAGACACAACUGUAGUUUUAACCACAGAUCCUGAACUAAUUACUGUUUCCACUACAGUUUCGAUUCCAACAACAACAACUACUACAACAACUACUACUACAACUACUACUUCUACUACUACUACUAAACGUCCUACACCAAAAUCAAAACCCAAACCAAAACGAACCACAAAAGCUGUUGUUAAAACUGAACCAACUAAACAACCAACUGUUACAUCAACCAAAAAGGCAACAAGUAAACGAAUGGUACCAACACUUUCAACAACCUCUACUACCACUACAACAGUUAAAACAUCACUAGCUACUGAAGCACCAACAUCUAAAGCACUUACAAAAGAACCGUUAAGAAGUACAAAGGCUGUAGAAACAAAUCCCCCAGUAGAAGUCACUUAUGCACCUAAAACAACAACGACUUCAAAGCCUACUACUCAAAAAGUAAUAACGUUAUUGUCUGUUUUGGCCAUUUUGGCACAGAAUUUUACGACACAGAAGCCGACAACUUUUAUGAAUUCAAACACGGCGAAUAUUUUAACAACGCCCUUGCCUGUUACUACUCCUUCAGCUGUCACGCUGACAACCGAAACAUCGACACCAAAUACAACCAAUUUUGUUGUUUAUGGCCUAUUGCCAAAUAACAAUUUAGUAAGAAAAGUAGUCAGAACAACUGCGGCUCCUGUAGAUGUGCCUUUUAUAAUUUAUGGCCUCUAUCCAAAUGGAACUAUUGUAAGAAGAUUUCCAAACGGGACUAUUUUACCUGAAGAAACACCAGAAGAUGAUAACGAAGUUGUUGCAAGUAUUGAACCUGGAAACAAAGAACAUUUAGAAAUGGUGGUUAAAAAAGACAGCCCGCUCUCCUACUUGUAUCCUCCAGGAUACAGACCAAAAUCGACUACCCGUUUGAUCCCAGUAACAUCAACAACACCGCAGAGUACAUUUUCAACAUUGUCUUUAUCACAGUCUGGGAUACAAAGGGCUAACAUGCCAUCAUUACCUUAUUCAGCUGUCCCAAGAGAGGAAACAGAAAAAAUUGUAACAAUAGAUAAAAAACCGACCACACCUUCUCUAUUAAGAUCAGAUACGAGUCUGAAAGCAACUACAAAACCAACUACUACUAAACUAGUACUGAUUACUACUUCAAAACCGAAAAGUCAAACAUCGACAGUAUCAUCUACAAGUUCUACUGAAUCUACUACAUUUGGAGGAACAACUGCUGCCAAACCCACUGCAAAAAUGACAGCAAAGCCAACACCAAAGCCAACAACAAAACCAACUGCAAAACCGGCACCAAAACCUACAACAAAACCAACACCCAAACCGACACCAAAGCCCACAGUAAAACCAACACCAAAACAAACUGCAAAACCAACAACAAAACCCACACCGAAGCCAACAACAAAACCCACACCAAAACAGACACCAAAGCCCACAACAAAACCCACACCAAAACCUACUACAAAAUCAACACCAAAACCAACACCAAAACCCACACCAAAAACUACUACAAAAUCAACCACAAAACCAACACCAAAACCUACUACAAAAUCAACCACAAAACCAACCACAAAACCAACCACAAAACCAACACCAAAACCUACUACAAAAUCAACAACAAAACCCACACCAAAACCAACAACUAAGAAUCCACCUAAGACUUCAACAACACAAAAAGUGACUACUUCUACUCCUAAGCCUGUAGUCGUGUCUAGUACUGAGACAACAUCAAUGUUAGAUGAUUCUCUCAUUGUGAAAUCAGCAGCAUCAACGACAGUAAAACCCAAGCCAUCAUCUUCACCUUCGUCUAAACCAAAAUCUAAAUCUAAAAAACAAACAACAAGCCCACCAAAACCAACCACCCAGAAAAUGAACGAUUGGACAAGCCUGCAGGAUACUGCACUUUUGUACAGCCUUAACCCAGAUUUUAGUAGCACAUCUAAUCUCCCGUCGAUUCUAGAUACACAAGAUAUUGCAAACAAGGUAAUACAACUGGCUAUACAAAGGGCACAACAAACAACUCAAAAGUCAGAAAACACAAAAGGUACAACUACACCAAAACCAACGUCUGCACCGAAGGCAACGACAUCCAAAAAAACCACCUCAACACCUCAAACAUCUCCAACUUCUAAACCUAGUACAACAACUGAGGCAAUUGCAUCUUUGUUAACUGCAAAUACAGAACAGGUGAACAGUACAGAUGUGGCAAACACGAAUAAGACUGGGAAGAUAUCCCUUUGGGUAUUGCCUUCAGAAGAGUCUAUACCAUCUUCUGCAGAACUUGACGAUAUCAAGUUAACUGGUAAUGAUGUGGAUAUUUUAAAUGCACUUCUCUCUUCACCAAAAGCAACCACCAACAAUUUGUCUUCUAAUGAACAACUCUUACUUGCUGAAAUUGUGAAUUCAACGCGUCCACCUACAAAUAAAAAGAAAAAGAAGAAGCCUAAAACUACAACUACACCACCACCUCCAUUCCCCAUAUUGAGAGCAAUUUUUGGACGAGUUAGGGGAAAUCCACGCUUUUUUCAAAGGGGUGGGUGGUUUCAGCAACUCAACACAAAUCGGAUCGUUUCUACAGAGACGUCGAUACCAAGUAUUGAUGGAGGUCUUUUCCAAGCCAAUAGUGACAUAAGCCCCUUAAACGCUGAGAGCUCAACUAUUGGGCUUCUUAGCGUUUCACCGGAUUUGGCGUUCCCAAACGAUGAUCCUCCAAGAGGGGAAAAUCAAAAUGGUUUGGUUGGAGCAGCCAUUAGUGUAACUAGAGCAGUUUCUCAGUUUAUGGGCUAUGUUAUUCAGGGUGCUACACAAUCUUUUCAAAACUAUUUACAAAGCAGGACAAGGGCGCUAUCUCAAGCUUUGUCUUUUCCACCACCAGCCUAAAACGAAACCUUGUUAAUUUAACAAAUCAAUUAUUAUUUAUGUUAUAACAUGUAAAUAUAAUGUAUAAAAUGACUAAGGAGUGCGAUAGAAUAAGUUAACAUAGUGUACAUAUAAUAAAUUGUCAUCACAUUUUGAACUUAGCACAGGCUUUGUUUGGAAUAAUGAUCUACUUCGAGCUUACAUCGUCAUGUCAGUUUUGAGCAUAAUAUUUAACAAUUCAUCAUUUAAUAUAAUUCAAGACGAAAUAUAAUAUGUUAAAUAAUUUAUGCUUAACUAUUUAAUGUGAGCAGAUUAGAAGGUGCAAUAUCACACAUGAUAUUCUAGCAGAUAACAAAUAACCCUUAUAUCAUGCAAUAUAUUUUCAUGAAAAGUGAAAUUUCAUGCACAUAUCUAAGUCAUAUAUCUAAGUAAUUUUAUUUGAAAAAAACAACAACUAAAUAACAUAAAAUAAAAUAUAAAAAAAAGAAGAAUGCAUUUUUAAUUAUGUCAGUUGCUACCAAGAUCAAUUUUAAACCGUUAUUACUUUGUAUAUUUAUAUAUUAUUUCCAU